UCUAACUGAGCACAGAGGAGGGAUUUCACUCAUGCUGCCAGGGGGAGGCACAACACUGCUACCCAAGCCAAACAUCAGUUUGUUAUCUACUGCGUUGGCUUGGAAGCCUGAGUCAGGGCUGAGAAGGAGAGAAAUGAGCAGAGGGAAAGGAUUAUACUUCAGAUUUGCAGAGUUCAAUAAGCUGGAGAAGAAAUGUAUACCAUGGGAUAACUGUGAGCAUGUUUAGGGGUGAGGCAGAAAGAAUAUCCAUGGAGUCUUGUGGCUAAACUGCCGAGUCAUGUUGUGACGUUUGUCCAAAUGAUGUGUGAAAUGUUGUGUGAAACCAGCCUGUAUCCUUCAGCAUCCUGUUCUGUUCUGGAGGUGGAGAGGAAGAGUUUUACUGUUAGCAUCAGCAGCCAGCAGCAUUCAAAAUGAAAAAUUCGUCUGAUGCAGGAAGAAGAAGCAGCAUAAUGAGCCGAUAAAGUUAUGGUCCUGUGCUGAUGGCGCACUCUGAGCUGUUUGUGACAAGAGCGCCCCCUGUGGAGGGGAGAGCUGUGGAGCUGGAUGUUCUGAGCUACCUGGACUCUUUUGGGGAAGAAAACAACACUGCUGAAAGAUGCUACCGCUCGCACUCCCGCAGCAGCGUCCUCCAGGGUCUACCGUUUGGAGGGGUUCCCACGGUCCUCGCCAUCAAUGUCGUGCUCUGGAUGUUCUUGUUGCUCAUCUUCUCCUGUCUGAGGAAGGCUGCAUGGGACUAUGGCCGCCUGGCUUUGCUGAUGGAGAAUGACAGUCUCACAUCCCUGUUUUAUGGAGAACCAAGUGAGAAAGAAAAGUCUCCGUCAGAGUCUAGUCCCUCCGACUCUGAGACCAAGGACAUGGGCUUCUGCUCGUGGCUCUCAUCACUUUACCACAUGAAGGAUGAGGAGAUACGUAGCAAAUGCGGCAUUGACGCCGUCACAUACCUGUCCUUCCAGCGCCACAUCAUCCUGCUCAUGACAGUGGUUUGCCUGCUGUCUUUGGCUGUAAUCCUGCCGGUCAACUUUUCCGGGAACCUCCUGGGAGACAGUCCUGAAAACUUUGGAAGAACAACACUGGCUAAUGUUAGUGCAAAGGACAGCUUUCUGUGGCUCCACAGCAUCUUGGCUCUGGUCUACUUCAUCAUCACGUUGCUGUGUAUGGCUCACCACUUGAUACGGCUGGAGUACGGAGAAGAUGAGAAGGUAGCCAGGACACUGAUGAUUACCUCCAUACCAAGAGAGAUCUCUGACCCAGGACUCAUCACCAAACACUUCCAUGAGGCCUACCCCAGCUGUACUGUCACUGAUAUCCGUUUCUGCUUUGAUGUCCACAAUCUGAUGAGGCUGGACUUAGAGAGACGCAAGGCAAUGAAAGGCAGGCUGUACUUUGCCACAAUGGCCCAAAAGGAGGGGAAGAUCAUGAUCAAGACCCAUCCGUGUGCUCAGAUAUUCUGCUGCGACAUCUGUGGCUUUGAAAUGGUGGAUGCAGAACAGUACUACAGCGAGUUAGAAGAAAAGCGGACAGACGAGUUCAAUGCCGAGAAGAACCGCAUCUCCAUGAAGAGGCUCGGCAUUGCCUUUGUGACUUUUCGUGAUGAGAGGAUGACUGCUGUAAUUGUGAAGGACUACGGUUGUGUACGCUGUCGUCGCAGCCCUCAGCAGUCCAGCAUCACCACUGUGGUGCAGUCGCAUAAAUGGGGGGUCAGCUACGCACCUGCUCCCAGUGACAUCAUCUGGGAAAACCUGUCAGUGUGCGGAUCUCGCUGGUGGCUGCAAUGCGUCCUCCUCAACAUCCUCCUCUUCCUGUUGCUCUUCUUCCUCACCACUCCUGCCAUCAUCGUCAACACGAUGGACAAGUUCAACGUCACAAGGCCUGUGGACAGUCUACGGAGCCCUGUCAUUACCCAGUUCUUCCCAACCCUCCUGCUGUGGGCGUUUUCGGUACUGCUGCCCUUUAUCGUCUAUUACUCAGCCUUCUUUGAGUCCCACUGGACCAGAUCUGGUGAGAACCAAGUAACGAUGCACAAGUGUUUUUUCCUGCUGGUCUUCAUGGUCAUCAUCCUGCCCUCACUUGGUCUGUCCAGUCUGGACCUGUUCUUCACAUGGCUCUUCGAUGUCAACUUCCUGGAGGAGAAGGAGGUCAAAUUCCAGUGUGUGUUUCUUCCUGACAACGGUGCAUUCUUUGUAAACUAUGUGAUUACAUCCAGUCUGAUUGGCACAUCUAUGGAGCUACUUCGUAUCCCAGCACUGACGGUGUAUGCCGUCCGCCUCUGCUUUGCCAAGUCCCAGGCUGAGCGCAUUCAUGUCAAACGGAGCCAGGCCUAUGAGUUCCAGUUUGGCCUGGAGUACGCCUGGACCAUGUGUAUCUUUGCAGUCAGCAUGACCUACAGCAUCACAUGUCCCAUUAUUACACCCUUUGGUCUGCUCUAUGUGAUCCUGAAGCACAUGGUUGACCGAUACAACAUCUACUAUGCAUACGUUCCCACCAAACUCAGCCAGCGGAUCCACAGAGCAGCCAUCAGCCAGGUCAUCCUGGCUCCCAUUCUCUGCAUGUUCUGGCUGCUCUUCUUCUCUAUGCUCAGAUUAGGUCCGGUGCAUCCCAUCACCCUCUUCACCUUAGUGUCCCUGAUCUCCUGUAUUGCCUUUUCCCUCUUCCGCUUGUGCCUUAGGAAGCAACCAGACAAGUCAACGAGUUACCAGAUGUCUGAUCAGCCAGCAGAGGGGACGUUCACUGAUGGAGACAGGAGUACUGUAACAUCCACCACUGCCUCCAGUCUGUUUGUGGCGUCCGUGCUGCUGGAGCCAGAGCUGGCUUUGACUCCCAUGCCCUCCCCUGCCCACCACAGCUACGGCGCCAUGGCCAGCUCCCAGAGUACAAGCCACAGCCCAGAGGACGAAGAGGACUGUGAGGAAGGCCACGCCCAGACCCAUGAGACUGAGCUCCAAGACCCCCCAGACCCCUACUGCUCCAGCCCGCUCAUGGACAGCCAUGUGGGCUUCCAGUAACACCAAAUCCCCCACGCUGAUUCCAUGUGUCCUUCACCUGGGGAACACAGAUUGCUAAAUGCCACAAUGCCCCAUUUUCGCGUCAGACCUCAGACUCCAACUUAGCUGCCUCAGACCCUGAGACCAGACUUGGCUUGUUAGUAAGGAUGAACAACCCUUAGAGGAAAGAAUACAGGAGCAGGAUCCAUGUAAACAUCACUAUAAAUAUAUAGACAGCAGUUUGCCAAAACAUUUCCUGAACCUGUCUCAUGGACAAAAAACAUCAAUCUCUACAGAAGAUACAUCCCUAAAUGUAAAAAUUAUUUUAGUUGGUUUAGUAAACUAUUGGAUGCUCUGUGAAAGGGAUUCCAGCUUCUUCUAUGGCUUCAUUUGCAAGUUAAAAAGGUUAAAAGUAAUGAAAGGGACUGGGGAGGAAUUUCCUUUUCGGCUGCUAUCACAGAUAGUCUGUCCAUCCUGUGUCACUUGAACAUGAGUGGAGGUGAAAGUUCCCAUCAGUGUGGGUAGUGUGAGCAGGCUUGCCCCGGCAGACUGACAGAGUGGUCUGGGCACGGGUGAUAUCUGGUUCCUCAGCGACAGAGCUCAUGGAGGCUGAGGGUGAGGGCAGCUAGUUGUGAAGCCAUCUGCAGUGAGAGAGCAGGCAGACGGAGCAGGGCCGAAUGUAACUCAGACAUGUACUGUAAUAUAUGUACAAUCUCUACAAGAAGGCACAAGCAGCUUGACCGUACCUGAAGCUUAUUGUAACUAUUAUCAAUUUAAGGUUGCUAUUUUUGCUACAGAAUUUCUGGUGUCAUUGAUAUUGUGCUUUGGGUUUGGGGCUUUGGCUACUGGAGAUUGGUUAAGGAUUUGCAGAGCUGUCCCAUCUUAAUAAAAGUAUUCAGUCAUUAUGCUGUUUUGACUGUGUAUGUGAUCCUACUCGAUUUUUAUUUAUUUAUUUUAUAGGUAUAUUUCAACAUUUGGCAUUUUGGCAACAGUUUGCUU